GUACGUGGCGUCUCCCUCCCGGGGCUCCCCGCCCAGUCGCCCUCUUCCAUCCACCACCGCAUUGUUGCAUCAGUGGCUACGUCACUCGGGCCCACUCCGCAAAACCACGGAAGCAGCAGCGGCAGUCGGCAGCAAACUCAAUGGCGCUUCGCGCCGUGGAGCUCCGGCGAUUCCUCCUCUCGCGCAUCGGCGGCGGCGAGGCGGCCCUUCCUCCUCUUGCGUGGCGCGGCCGGCCGGUGAGCACCUCCGCCCCGGCGGACGACGAGCUCGCGGGGAAGAGUGCCUACGAGGUUCUCGGGGUUGGGGAGUCCAGUUCCAGCGCCGAGAUCAAGGCCUCCUUCCAUCGCCUAGCCAAAGAGACCCACCCAGACGUCGCCGCGGCUGCUGGUUCCCGACGGUUCCUUCAGAUCCUCGCUGCCUACGAGAUCCUAUCAGAUUCACAGAGAAGAGUUCACUAUGAUAGCUACCUGCGAUCACAGAGGCGAGUUGUGCAGAAACAUCCCAGGCCAUCUCAGUUCGUGUACCCAAGUGGUUCAGGCUCAGGCAUUGUGGUACCUCGAGAGAGCAAUGUUGUUGAAUGGCUGAAAUGGUACAGGCUUACCAUUGAUGACAUAGUUACCAAGAAGAGGGUUGCCACUGGCUCUGGUUAUUUUGAUAGGCUCGAAAGUGAACUGUACACAGCAAUCCAUGCUGCAUACUAUGGCCCUGAUGUCGACUCCAUGGAUGUCCUUCCUGAUUGCUUUGAAGCUGAGGAGAGGUCCGUGUAUGAAACCUCUGAGCUAUUACACCUUGUAUCAGGCCGUGAUCUAUUUGGUAUUGUUAGUGUAGCUGAUAGUGUCAAAGAGCUGUCAGAUGUUUGUCGUGAAAAACUGGCACCCUCUGGGUUUAGAUCUUCUGAAUUUACUCCAAAAGUUUCAAGAAAUGUGAAUAAGGAUUCAAUAUCUAUGAAUUUUAUAUCUAUGAAUUUUGUUGAUAUGAACAAGCAAGGGAUGCGGCAUGAAAAUUAUAUUCCUUCAUCAGAUGCCUUCAAGGAUAUCGAGUUGCGGAUAUUUGGGAAAUUAGUUGCUACUGCAACUAGGAGCCCCAAAUGCGAUUGCAUUGACAAAUCGGAUGUGGAAGAUCACAUUCAUGUGUAUCUUGUUCCGAACGCAGAUCUAUCUGAUUUAACGCAAGGGAAUCUUCUCCUGGGCACAAUUACUGGAUUAGCCACCACUGGUGAGGAAGGAUCUUGCUGUGUCUAUGAUGGUCACGGAAUAAAGACACAUGUCAUUAUGAAGCACCGGACGUUGAUGGUUAAACACAUGCACUGGUAUCAGGUUGGAGAUAAAGUUUCACCCUGCGAGUGUCGAUGUAGUAGGGCUCGAUUGCCACCUAGCAGGUAUUGGCUUUUUGAGCCUCGUUGUUACAUGCAUGAUACUGGUGGAUGGUAUAUCGAAACAUUUGGGAGAGACAAGAAAGGGAGGACAAUUCCAUCUCAAAGACAGUGGGAUGGUUUCAGUGAACAUUCUGAAAAGAGAUUGCAUCCAGCAAUGUAUCUUGCUGCUCUGGCUUACAGAUCUUUGGAUCUUGAAGAUGCUGGAAGAAGACAAUGGAAUGUGACUAGUUUCCUGCAAUUACCCUUAUCUCAUAUUUGUCAGCUGUUCAAAAAAAUUGUUAAUGGGGGGAAGGGGAUUGACAGGACACAAUGACAAUAAUGUUCUUUCUUGAUAUGAUAGCUGAUAAGGACAUCUUUCUGAGACUGUUGACUGUUCUGCCUGUUUGAUAUAGAGCAUGAUAGCAGUAUUUGCAGAGCGUGCGAUAAAUUAUCUGACACUGUUGACUAAGGGAGUGUGUGAAGAACCAAUUCGUACUGAUUUUACAUUGGAUCAAUAAGAAGGAGGUUACACCUGCUAAAUUUGGGCAUAUAGGAAAUGAUGGUGCCAAGCUGGCAUCCCGUUUUCAGGUAGUGUGCACUUCAAGUUCAGGACUACUUUCAUGUUAUCUGGUACUUCUUUGAGGGGUGCUUCUUAUCCCUUUACACGAAUGACUAAUAAGGCUUUGUUUAUUUUGAAAAGUAAGUCAUUCUAUACCUGCAGCUGUGUCUCAUUUCAGAAAGGUCUAGUUUGGAACUAUCCUGCAGAAAGGACUACUUUCAUUAUUGAUAUGCACGUGCCCUUUUUUUAUGAGUUGCCUACCUAUGCUUGUUUGUGGUGACUCGGGCAUGCUCGGCAAGCUGGCUGCAGCAGUGCAGCUGCCGCUGCAGCCAACCAGCAGUCCAGCACAGGCAACAGUAAGCAACCAGCGGCAGGAAGCGAGGAGUACAAAAAGCCAGCAGACCCAGGCCUUGUUUAGAAUAUCGAUCCAUAUAUACAACUACCAUUAGAGCGGUGAACUUCAGACGCAAAUGAGGUUUCAUAUACAUGUAAAUCAUCACUCCACUGCAACCUUCCGAGGCAAAAGUACCAUAACUUUCCUUGCCGAUUUGUUAUCUUUGACUGCACUGCAGACAAGAGAGGUCAAGAUUUAUUAUGUUUAGAGGGAUCAAGGGAAAAUGUUAUGUAUUAAAUUUUAGGCCACAAAGCAUCGCACAUAAAGAGAUCUCACUAAGAUCAAAGCAUUAUCAGUAGUACCCGAACAAGAUACUUGCAAUAUACAGAUUUUUCAGCUGCUAUUAA